AUGUAUAAUUUGAAAAUUAGUGCUGCAGCAUAUAUAUAUAUUCAUUUAUCACUAAAAAAAAAACAAUCAAAACAAAGAAGAUGGUGGCAGACACGAUUGUACUCAAGAAGAAACGAGUGUCUUGCAAAUAACAACACACUGUUGGCUGAUUUAAAAUUUCAAGAAAUUAGUGGCCAGUAUAAAAACUUUACGAGAAUGUCACCUACUGAUUUUGAGUAUUUGAUAAAUAUGAUUGGUCCAAAAAUUGCUAAACAGGAUACUUUUAUGAGAAAACCAAUAAGUGUUCAAGAAAGACUGUCAAUAACAUUACGCUUUUUAGCAACAGGCGAUCAUUAUUCUAGUUUGCAGUAUCUUUUUAGAAUAUCAAAACAAGCCAUAAGUCAAAUAGUACCAGAAGUCUGUGAAGCUUUAGUGGAAGCACUAAAGGAAAAUAUUCAGAUACCCUCAACAGAAAUAGGUUGGUUAGACACUGAAAAACAAUUUGAAGAAUAUUGGAACUUUCCUCACUGCUUAGGAUCAUUAGAUGGAAAGCAUGUUAUUCUACAAGCUCCUAUUAACAGUGGUACUGAAUACUUUAAUUAUAAAGGUACCUUUAGUAUUGUCCUGUUUGCUCUAGUAGACGCCAAUUAUAAUUUUAUGUAUGUCGACAUUGGCUGCCAGGGGAGAAUUUCAGACGGAGGAGUAUAUAAAAAUUCUACUUUAUACAAAAAAAUUGAAAAAAACGAAUUGCGAUUUCCAAAACCUAAACCUUUAACUAACAGAGAAAAAGAAAUUCCUUAUUUUUUUAUUGGAGAUGGCGCAUUUGUUUUAAAUGAAAACUUAAUGAAAGUAUUUUCCGGUAUACAUCCAAAAGGUUCCCGUGAACGAAUAUAUAAUUAUAGGCUGUCCAGAGCUCGGCGGGUAGUGGAAAAUGCCUUUGGGAUCAGCUCAUCUAUAUUUCGCGUACUUCGAAAACCACUAUUAUUGGAGCCUCAGAAAGCACAAAUUAUUAUUAGAGCAGUAGUGCAUCUUCAUAAUUUUUUGCGAAGAAAUACUACAUCUCUAAAUAUUUAUUCACCACCAGGAAGUAUGGACUCUGUUGUGAAUGGGGAGAUAAUAAAUGGCUCAUGGAGAAAUGAUUAUGAUAAUAGAACAUCUUUAAUUCCAUUAAAAAAUAUACCACGUAAAUCAUGUUUGGCUGCAAAAGAAAUUCGAGAAGAAUUGGCUGACUAUUUUAUAAAAGAAGGACAAAUUAGCUGGCAAAAUGAAUAUUCAUAAUAUUAAUGG